UUGAAAAAAUCAAUGACAGUUAAAUGAAUUCGCAUGACAAGCAUAACAUAGCAUUUUUAGGAACAAGUGAGACUGAGAUGUUACAAUUGGUGCAAUGACCUAAAGCAAUUCAUUAUUUCAUGAAAACAUUUAUGCCGUGUUUUAUGAAAGUUCUAAAAACCCCUGCUGAAGCCAGCCACCGUAAUCGGUCAUUCUGAAAGCAGUUUAUAAAUACCGAUUAAUGCUUGCUUGCAGAAGUCCAUCGCAGUCUGCAGUUCAGCCGGACCCCGUCCACCGCGAAAAAAAAAUAAACAAUUAUUCUGGCGAUGUGGUAAUUGCAGCAGGUAUCGUCCCUUGGUCAGUGACACUCACGAAAACAAGACUGAAUCAAUCCAUCUUUGGAACCGUUGAGGUUUUCUUAAAAUAUAUGUAAUUGGGAUGUGCAUUAUAAUCUGUGAAAAAUUUAAAUCACUGUGGUUAAAACUUGAGUUGAUGUUUAGUAAAUACUUGAAACUUCAUAUUUUCCGACCAAUGCAUCUGUUGUUUGAUAUACGUAGUUAAAAUGUUUGCGGUAGUUAUUCUGCAUUCAGUUCGACCACAGAUAACAGACAUUUAUCCUAGAACAAAAUUUCACUCAAAACCUGUGCAAAAACUGACCGCAGUUAGUGACUGUGUGCUUGAUGUUUAGCAUUUGUAACGUGCUUAAAUUUGCCAUACAAUACUCUAUGUCCAAGAAGUUUAACAAAAUUCCAUUAAGAAAAGGUCCUGUACCUAACGCAUACCGAUCUCAUACAAACUGAGCAUGGUUUAAUAAUCACCAUGCAUUCCAAUACCUUUUAUUCAAAAUCAAUAAGAAUGGUAAAGCGUCCAUUGAUCUUUGAUCGGCAUGCCACCCAAAAAGUGCUUAAAAACCCACCUGUUCCGCACACGACCCUUAGUUCGUUGGUGAAGUGCUCGCGCCUGGUGAAAAAUUUGCGUCCCUCUGGAAGAGACGACGCACGAAAAUGAAACUCGCGGCUGUGAUUGUGUUUGCUCUGGUAGCAACUCUUGCCCCCGGUAGGGCAGUACCAGCUCCAUCCUUUGAACUGCAAGGGGAAGUUGAUACGGUGGAAGAAAAACAAGUGCGCGCCACGGAAAGUGAAGUGACGGCCGAUCAGGUCGCCGGUGAAGAUCAAGUGUUGAAUACUUUGGAAACGACCGAACAGGAUGCUGGAACUGAUGGUACAGAUACCAAGGGAACGACGACCGCUGAAACUACCUCCACCUCUAGCACAACCACGGAAACCUCAGGUACCAGUGAAGUUGCGGUCGUACGUUCCAGAAGAGCUGUUACCUGUACCGAUAUCGUAGGAGUGAACGGGGAAACCGAAACAGUGUGUGACGAAGAUCAGGAUGCUGCGGCCAGUGAGCAGCCUUCGGCGCGUAGCUAUAAUACCUACGGAUAUGGAUAUCAUCAGCAUGCGUACGGGUAUGUGCCAAUUGUGUCGAUUAGAAUGUGAAUUAGAACAAUGGGGUUUUAACAUGGUUUUGUGGUGUUUCCAAUCCACAGAUAUGGAUACAAACAUGAGCCGAAGAAAUAUCCAAAGCAUUAUGGGUAAGUACUACUUGUAUAGUUGG